CAUGCUGAUACUGCACUCGUAGUCGAAUUUGCAAUGCAACAGACUUUUUUAAAUGGAGACGUGUUGUUCAGUUCUUUGUGUGCAAUCACAUGACGACAAUUAUUUCACGUCGGAAGGCAGAUCGCCUGUGGCGACGGAAGCUUGGGAGUUAAUGAAGACGUGGUUGUCACGUGUUUCAUGCCAUUUCUCGGAUUACCUAAUUUGACAGCGAGACCUGCAGUUGGUCGAAGUGAAUAUGGACGUGUCAAAGUUGCGCUUCCGCCCGGGAAGGGGCUCAUGGAUUGGGUACGACUGGCUUCUGAAAAGAUCCUCGCAAAGAAGCAUAUGUCGGUUACCAGUGAAGAGCUUGUGAAACACAACACAAGGGAUGACUGUUGGGUUCACAUUUUUGGGCAGGUUUACGACGUAACAUCGUAUUUGGAAUUCCAUCCUGGAGGAAUCCCCGAACUUAUGCGUGCAGCGGGUACGGAUGGAACUGCUCUCUUUAACCAGUACCAUGCAUGGGUAAACUACGAAAGCAUGUUGAAGUCAUGCUUAGUUGGGAGAUUUGUCGGAGACCUUUCAAAAUUGCCUCAGCCUGGUCCAUCCACACUAGAUGAACAGCCCACAUCGGUAUCAGCGCAGUUGAAUGCAUUGAUAAUGAAGGAGAAACAAAGCAAAGAGACGUAUGGGGUCAACAUCGAAAAGGACGAUAGGAGCGUAACUUUGACGUGUCCAAGAUGGAAAUCUUCUGAUCUUCAUCUGGAUAAUGUUGUUGUUGAAUUUUCUGCUAGCAAAAGGUGUCUGCGAAUUGUCGUGCGACCAGCUGGAAGCGCAGCGGUAGAAGUCAAAUGGGAAGAGAUCUCCACAGAAGUCUCGCUGAAUGGAUAUCAAGUCUCAGUGGAUAAGCAACCAUGUAUCAAGGUGUCUUUUGAUGCUGAUGACUUAAAUGUUGCAGCUGUAUUGUCAACUGCCUGUCAAUCUGUUAAACAGUCCCCAUUGCUUACUUAUCACGAGUGCAGUAUAGAGGGUAAACUUCCGAUAUCUCAUGAUACUCUACUCUUCACUGUUUCCCUGCCUACUGGUGUCUUUUCCCCUGUACCGGUUGGACGUCAUGUAUCUUUCAAAAUCAAAAAAGGGUCUUCGGUUAUCUAUCGUUCGUAUACGCCUGUUAGUCUGGGUUCAUUGCCACAGGAGUCUAACAAAAACUCCGCGUAUGUUCUCUUCUCUAGUCCGUCUAAACUCAUAUUUCUAAUUAAAAUUUACGCUGACGGCAUAUGCACGCCUUUGCUAGAGAAAUUGUUGAUAGGAGGUAAAAUCGAAAUGAGUGAGCCCGUGGGAAGUAAAGAUUUGUCCAAGUGGAUUGACGCAGACACUGAGUUACUCAUGCUCGCCGCUGGAACCGGACUAACUCCAAUGGUUAACGUCAUCAGAGCUAGGUUAAAAAGCAUUUCCGAGCGAGAUUCGAACAAGUGCAACACUACAUUGUUGUUAUUCAACAAAACAGAGAAGGAUAUUGUCGACGACGACUGGUUACCUAUGAAGUGGGAUGAUAGCAGAAUUCGGGUAGAGCAUAUACUAAGCGAGCCAUCUGAGAAAUGGACUGGACGUAUGGGACGCAUCAGUGCCGCCAUGUUACCGGUCCCACAUGAUUCGUUACGGGUACUUUUAUGUGGACCAGAUGGCUUUAUUGAAAACGCUGUACAAUUGCUGAACAACGCUAACUACAAGUCUGAUAACAUUCAUAUAUUCCAAGGAUGAUGACAAAAUAUAUAAAAUGCUUGUACAAUGCAAAAUUGAUGAAUAAAAGUUGUCAAGUUGUGAUCUACUUACAAGCGGAAUGAUUAAUUUUGGAACGGUAAAAGUGAACUAUAUAGACG